AUGUCUUUCCAGAAAUCCGGCCCUUUUGGCUGCUCAUGCUGGUGGACUUCGAGACGAGUCCACGGAAACAACUCUUUCCAUGAUCCUGUCAGCAUCGGUUACAUCAAGAAUAGCCCCGCCAACGUGCAGCCCGCCAGCAAGACUUGCCGGAGCGACGAAACGAAACGAGCGGACAGAGCCGGGUUGUCGCGCAUUCCAAACGGGGUCACAGUUCUCAGACCUCUCAAUCAAAUAUCAGGUGAAAGCCAAGACUCAAGAGUCAACGCGAGGAUGAAACUCCCGCGGCCGUUGCAUGAGCAAACAGAGACCCAGUUCUCUCAGCUGCCUCUCCACUUUCUAUUCAUCGGCGCGCUACUGAUGAUUUCUUCACGUCCGAGCUACAAGCUACGUUACCGACAUCGGGGUUUAAUUGUCAAAGAUCGCAAUUCCCAAUGGACGCACCAUUACCUUCUCGCACAGACAAGGGGCCAGAGGACGACUGACAUUCGUCAAUCUGAGAUGCCAACGAUCACGCCGAUGAAGCGCGAACCGAUGGCAGUCAUUGAGGAGCAGAAUUACUGCACACCACACACUGUGACCCUUAGACACUCCAAAGCUAUAACAUCUCGGCCAGUCACAGUAGUACACGAUGAUACUCCGAGACUCUCCAUUUCUACACUCUCCACCUACUGGAGCCAGAGCAAUCAAUCUGCUGGUGUAGUGUACACUACCCCCAAAAUCCCCCCAAGUUGCUUCAUUAAACUUGGGGCUCUAACCACCAAGCGCCUUGUCAAAGAGACGACGAUAUGCUACGUCCGCGAGAUACGGGGCUUUGCUAGCCCGAUAUUGGCAGAUGCCCAAAUAAUGACCAGCCCAAAAGCCACCGGGCCUUGUCCCCAGCUGCUAGGCUGCGCCUGGACCACAAAGAGGCGCAACAUCCGCCGUAUCAUUUGGCGAUCCUUCUUCAAAAGACCGUCCUCCAUAGAGACGGUGCCCGGCUAUCUGCGUCGGAGGCGUAAGGGUAUCGCCGGCCUGCCGUUCCGUCGCGACAGUCGAUGGAUCAAUGAGCGCCUCUUUGGUGUUCUUUACUGGCUCUUGGCAAACCAAUCUGCCUACGACGGAACUUCAGAACACCUCAUGGACCUCCGCAUGUCUUCGGAAAAGUUGUCUGGCACCCGUGCUUUGGCUGGCAAGAAUUUAACAAUAUUCCCUCUGAUGAUAUUUGGGUUGGAGCAAACACUGGCCGGCGGAAUGGAAAGACCGCGGAUGAGCGACAGAAGAUCGACUCAGCCUGUGAAAUAUUUGGUUAAUGUCUCGCCGGUGAAGGCAUCUAGUGGUGGAGCCAGUGGCAGCAGCAUUAUCGAGCUUUCGGUACUGGAAGCUAUCAACGUCAGCGCGGCAUCCCAGGCAGUCUGCGUUUGCAUCGGCAGAGGCAAACACGCAUAUAUCGACCUAGCUAAGGAUUCGGUCUUCGCAAGGGUUGUACUACUCAACAUGUGUGUCACGGGCAUCCGGCCUCCAUUCCGCGCCUGCUUCGUCAUCAGCCAACGGCGUGUUGUGGGCGCUGCAAACGGAAGCGAGCUCUCCAAGCUACUGUUUUCGCGUGCGUUAGAGUGGUGGAAUUCUCCAGCGAGAGACGAGGAUCCCUCGUUGAGUUGGCAACAAGGAGACGAGUUCCUGAGGCCAGGCAAACAAAAUAGAUGGAAAACAAAGACUCGGCGGGAUGACGAUACUUGGCUUCCGCUCCUACACCCAAUCAGCUGCCUGGUUCGAGUAACGAGGGUAACACACGCGGCCUCCAUUUUGUGUAAUCGCAAGUACCCAUCUUUGACUGCGAGGGCACGCAUCAUCUUCGAGAAACCAUCAAAGCUUAUGUCACCUGAUUUAUACCUCUACGCCCAGUCGAAAGCCUCAGCACCAGCAAGCUUUCACACAAGCAAAGCACAGCGUGCUGUGCUCGCAGCUCCCAUACUAAGCUCGAACGCCAGUGCUGCGCUAGAUCCGUCAAACAAAGGAUCGCUGACGAUGACCGAGCUCACCCCAGUCGCUUUGAUCUACAGUCAAAGAUCCGGCCCUCCUAGAUUUAUCGUUCCCAAUUACGCCAAUAUGUUGACAGCAGCACCCAGUCCUCUUUACUCGCGGUUGAUGAUUCUGGCUUGCCAUUGCGUUCGCACGGUUUACUGUACGGUAUUGCUUGAGACCCAUGCUCUGUAUCUGGGACCCUUUCUCGAUACGUGCGGCGCCGGCAGCUAG